CUGCUCUUAUUGGAGAUAAGAGUGGGCUCAGGUCAAGGCAGAGGAGAAGGGCUGCCCAUCAGGAAGGCCGGAGGGAGCGGGAGGCAGCGGGAGGGAUGGAAGGAGAGGAACCUUCAGCUGAGCCACAGACCGAGCCACAGACCACCUGAAUCCAGUCUCAGCCAUCCUGAGCUUGCCGUGGGCGGUGUCACGUGCUCAGUGGGAGCCCCUGACCCGCCUGGUUUGCGAGGAGGGUGGGGGAAGCAGGCACCUGCUGUUUUCUGCAGCUUCUGUGCUCCCUCAGGCGUCACUUAUGGCUGCACCAUCAGAGACCCUAGUCUGAGUCUGUGGAUAUUGUUAAAGCAUUUUUUUCCGGGUUGGGGAUUUGACUUAGUGGUAUAAGUGCCUCCUGCCUGGCAAGCACAAGGAUGUGAGUUCGAUCCCUAGUACAAAAAAAAAAAGUAUUUUUUCCAAGUGCCCCCUGAGCAGCCCAGCUUAAGUCUCUUGCUACCACGACCACUGUGCCCCCUUAAGGCCAGAAUGAGGAUCCUAAGGCUCUAGGUGGCCUCCAGAGGAGAGGGAAGGUGGCGGUGACCACACUGCUAGGGUCCUGCAGUGAGGGCUUACACAUCUGGCUGUGGGUCUUGGGGCUUUUCUAACUCAGGAGCAGAGAGGUGUCCAGAUGGGGAGGAAGGGGCUGGGGGAGGGAGCCCUGCAUUCAGGCUUCCUGUGAUGUAACCCAACCCCUCUGAGCCAAGGACUCAGGGCAUCUGUUGUCCCAACCCCCUGGCCUGAUCCUCUACCUCCCAGGGCCAUGCCGCACCCUUAAAUAAGACCCAGCCAGCUGGGCCUCAGCUCGGGGCCGUGGCCAUGGCCUUCACAGACUUGCUGGAUGCCCUGGGUGGUGUGGGCCGUUUCCAGCUCGUCUACACCGCCCUGCUGCUGCUGCCCUGUGGCCUGCUGGCCUGCCACAACUUCCUGCAGAACUUCACGGCCGCCAUACCCCACCACCACUGCCAGCACCCCGCCAACCACACUGCCACCAAUGACUCAGGGGCCUGGCUGAGGGCUACUGUCCCCCUGGACCAGCAUGGAGUCCCCGAGCCAUGCCAGCGCUUCACAGAACCUCAGUGGGCUCUUCUGAGCCCCAACACUUCUGCCCAGGGGGCAGCCACGGAGCCCUGCAAGGACGGCUGGGUCUAUGACAGGAGUGUUUUCCCCUCCACCAUCGUGAUGGAGUGGGACCUGGUGUGUGAGGCCCGCACCCUCCGUGACCUGGCUCAGUCCAUCUACAUGGCCGGGGUGCUGCUGGGGGCCGCCGUGUUUGGCAGCCUGGCAGACAGGCUGGGCCGCAGGGCCCCCCUCGUCUGGUCAUACUUGCAGCUGGCAGUUUCGGGGGCCGCCACGGCAUAUUUCAACUCCUUCAGCGCCUACUGUGUCUUCCGGUUCCUGAUGGGCAUGACCUUCUCCGGCAUUAUCCUCAACUCCCUCUCACUGGUCGUGGAAUGGAUGCCCACCCAGGGCCGGACCGUUGCGGGCAUCUUGCUGGGCUACUCCUUCACCAUGGGACAGCUGGUCCUGGCUGGUAUUGCCUACCUGAUCCGCCCCUGGAGGUGGCUGCAGCUUGCUGUCUCUGCUCCUUUCCUGAUAUUUUUCCUCUAUUCUUGGUGGCUGCCGGAGUCGGCCCGAUGGCUCCUUCUGCACGGCAAAUCCCAGCAAGCUGUGCAGAACCUGCGACUGGUGGCUAUGAUGAACGGAAGAAAGGAGGAAGGGGACAGGCUGACCAUGGAGGUGGUGCGCUCCUACGUCCAGAGCGAGUUCUCAAGUGUCCGCUCCUCCAGCUCCAUCUUGGACCUCUUCCGAAGCCCGGCCAUCCGAAAGGUCACCUGCUGUCUCAUGUUGGUCUGGUUCUCCACCUCCGUGGCCUACUAUGGCCUGGCCAUGGACCUACAGAAGUUCGGGCUCAGCAUCUACUUGGUUCAGGCGCUGUUUGGGAUCAUUGACAUCCCGGCCAUGCUGGUGGCCACCACCACCAUGAUCUACGUGGGCCGCCGGGCCACAGUGGCCUCCUUCCUCAUCCUGGCCGGGCUCAUGGUCAUUGCCAACAUGUUUGUGCCUGAAAACCUGCAGGUCCUGCGCACGGCCCAGGCGGCACUGGGCAAGGGCUGCCUGGCCAGUUCCUUCAUCUGCGUGUACCUGUUCACAGGAGAGCUGUACCCCACAGAGAUCAGGCAGAUGGGCAUGGGCUUCGCCUCUGUCCAUGCCCGCCUCGGGGGCCUGGCAGCUCCUCUGGUCACCACACUCGGGGAGCUCAGCCCCAUCCUGCCAUCACUGGGCUUUGGCACCAUCUCAGUCUUGGCCGGGCUGGCUGUCUUCUGCUUCCUGACAGAGACGCGCAACCUGCCCUUGGUAGAAACCAUCGCUGCCAUGGAGAGGAGAGUCAAAGAAGACCUUUCCAAGAAGGACAUGAGGGAGAAGAGUGAAGAAAUUUCUCUUCAGCAGCUGGGAGCUUCUCCCCUCAAAGAAACCAUCUAAGCUGCCCACAGCCUCGUACCAGCUGGGUCCGCUGUGGUCCAGUGUCACGGGGGUCUGGAGUGAGGUGGAGGGACAUCAGGGACACUGUGUGGGCAGGAGGGCCACCCCCGCCAGGCCUGGGCCUCAGGAAGAAGCCCUGCUGUCUGCAUUCACAAAGAGCAGGCUCCCAGGGGCCAAAGCAGCAAAAGCCUGCUUUCCUGUCCUCCAGAUCUACCCUGAGACCCCCAUUUCCUCUGCUUCCACCUGAGAACCCUGUUUUUUUGGGGGCAGGGUGACAUCUCUACCGCAGGCUGUCCUUGGAACAGUCCCGCUUGGCUUGAGGAACUUCUGUAACUCAUUUGAGUUGAUCCCUGGUACCAAAAAAUAAAUAAAUAAAAUAAAUAAACAUCACUUUAUUUCUGAGGAAAUUUAGAAGAGUAAUUCUCAAUCCUGGAAUCACCUAUGAGCAUUUUUAACAAAGUGCUAGCGCUGGAGGCCAUUCCUUAGAAUUCUGAUGUCCUUAGUUGGGGCUGAGACCCAGGAUAUGAAUCCCUGGUCUAGACAUCAUUUUCCUAACCAGCAAAAGGAGGUAUACCAUUUAACCAGUAGGUAGGGUUAAUAAUUAUAACAAGAUUAUGAAACUCCUAGCUAGUGAGAUUAUCAUGAAGUUAGUAAGCAAAUCUUUCCCAGGACAAAGGUAAUCUGCACCUUUAACUGAACAAGCACGCUCUCUUAUGACAUAUACUCUGUCCAUGAAGUUUCCUGUUGCGGCUUGGCAUAACUGACGCCAUCUUGAGCCUUGUAUUUAACUAGUGCCCUGUAUUUGACUCAGAAAAAUGGAAAAUUACCCAGGGUACAAGUCCCAGGAGAAAAGCAGGAUGAGCUGUACCUACAAGAGAAAAAUUAACCUGCUCAAGAGAAGCAGCAGGAUACAGGUGUCAACCUAAAAUUAAUGUAAGAUUCUAGCUAAAUCGUUUCCAACAGUAUGUCUUUUUUUUUUUUUUUUUUUUUUUUUGUCUUUUUCCUUUUUAUCGGUACUGGGGAUCAAACUCACGACUGCCUGCUUGCAAGGCAGGCGCUUAUGCUGCUGAGCUAAAUCCCCAGCCCCAACAGUAUGUCUUUUGUGAUGUUCUGUAACUCUGUAACUUUCCAGUUUGGGGCCACUUGUUUGGAUCCU